UGAUCCUGUUCUGCAUGGCAGCGCUCAUCUUCCCUAUAGGUUUCUAUAUAAAUGAAGUUGGAGGCCAGCCGUACAAACUGCCUAACAACACUGUGGUGGGCUCUUCGUAUGUGCUCUUCGUCCUGUCCAUCUUCUUCACCAUAGUGGGACUGCUUUUUGCAGGCAAGAGAAUAGACUUUAAAGUGGCUCUCCGUGGUCUAGCACCAAAGUACACCUCUGACAUGUUAGUGCCAUUUGAAUCAUCUCACAGUCUGAGGACCUCAGGGACCAGUCUCCUGCAGGUGCCCAGAUUAGAAGCAUCAGUGAAUGGGCAAAGGGUAACCCAGUCUGCUCCAAACCCAGGCUGCUGUAUGAAGCUCUAUGACCCCAGCAUGAGUGACAGGGGCCAGCUCUCACAAAGGCCCUGCCACAGCGCCUCCUGCUGCCUGCAGACCAGCGCACUGCACGUGCACAACCACCUCCAACCAUGGGUCAAGCACCCCGCGCCCGCUGUGGCCUUCAGCCCCACUGCGGUGCUCCGCCAUCGAGGCAGUGGGGCACUGGGGGCCAGCUGCAGCAGCCCGGACUGUGUGGCCUCCAGGCUGGGUGAGGAGGCCGCUGUGGCUGUGGCACGGCCUGGUUCACUAGAAAAGGUGCUGGUAACUGGAGGAGCAGGAUACUUUGGGUUCAGACUGGGCAAAGCUCUGGCUGCUCAGGGUAUGUCUGUUGUACUUCUGGACAUGAACAGACCUCCUGGAGAUCUUCCUGAAGGAGCACAAUUCAUCCAGAGUGAUAUCCGGGACUACUGCUCCCUGUAUAAAGUGUGUGAAGGUGUGAGCUGUAUCUUCCACACCGCGUCAUAUGGCAUGACGGGACCAGAGCAGCUUAAAGGGCAACUGGUUGAAUCAAUAAAUGUUGGUGGGACUAAUAAUGUUAUAAAAGUUUGUAAAGAGCGCAGCAUUCCCAGACUGGUGUACACUAGUACUGUCAAUGUGGUAUUUGAUGGUAAACCCAUAGAGGAUGGAGAUGAGAUUUCUGUGCCGUAUGUGGCUCCUGACAAGCACAUUGACCACUACUCCAGGACAAAAUCUAUUGCAGAGCAGAUGGUCCUCUCAGCCAAUGGAUGCUCUAUGAAAGGCGGUGACCUGCUGCGGACUUGUGUGUUACGGCCCUGUGGCAUCUAUGGCCCAGAGGAGAGGAGACAUCUUCACAGAGUAAUGGUAAAUGUGGAGCGGCGCUUGUUUAGUUUUCGAUUUGGAAACUCUCAGGCCAGGAUGAACUGGGUCCAUGUGGACAACCUGGUGCUGGCUCAUAUACUGGCAUCAGAGGCUCUGACUCCACAGAGGAGCUGUGUUGCUAGUGGACAUGUAUAUUUUAUUAACGAUGGAAUAUCAUUUAAUAUAUUUGAGUGGUUUGAACCACUGUUUAAAAAGCUUGGUUAUGGCCAACCUGUGAUAAAACUCCCCUUCUCAAUUGUCUAUGCAGCAGCAAUCCUAGUAGAAUAUUUGCAUGUUGUCCUGAGACCUGUGCUGAACGUGCCUCUGCUUUUAACAAGAAAUGAGGUAAGAAACAUUGCAGUCACCCACACGUUCAAGAUUGACAAGGCGCGUCGUGAGCUGGGGUACUGCCCAAAGCCCUACAGCCUUGCGGACACGGUGGAUGAAUACCUGAAAUCCAGACCGACCUCCUGCCCCUCAUCUGGGUUCACUCAGCGACACGUCUUGCGCCUCCUGCUGGGCCUUGGCCUCAUGCUGCUAAUCUCCUGCUGGGUUCUCUGUCAGUGCGCACGAUCUGACUAGACAAGUUCAAAUGAUACUGUGCGGAAACUUCUGCUCAGUCCAGCCGUGUCAAACUCUAUCCAAUAAAGGCAGGCUAUGUGAAUUACAAGGGUCAAUAUAGUUACCUUAUUUGUCUUUUGUUCUGAAUAUUGUAAUUUAAACACCAUGUCCCAAGCAGGCACCUUUAUCCUAGUGUCAUAAUGUCCCAAUCGUUUGUAACGAAGGAAAGAAUGACGCCAAUGUAAAAGGAAUAUUAUGUCACUUUUCAUUUGGUUUUGGUUGUCUGUUUGUUUAUUGGCUAAUGCUACAAAUUCUCACUUGUAAGGCCUUUAGUUUGACCAUUUGAAACACCUAGAUACGAAAUGAAGAAUGUUAUUCAUCACACUUGUCUUUGUUCCAUAUAAAGGUUAUGAAAUAAUAAUUAAAUCUGAAGGUAUGUCCUUUUUUUGUAUUUACUCACACAAGAAGCCAUGUGUUACACAGAGUAAACUGGUUUUCGUUCGUAAUAUUUCUCUGUUCUACA